AUGGCUUCCACCACGGACCUGCACCUCGCAGGCCUGGACCAGCGCGUCCUCGACGCCAUCCAGAAGUCCUCGUCUGACGACAUCCCGUUCCGGGCCACGAUGCGCCACGCCCACAGCACCUGGGCGCGCACCUUCACCUGUGCCCCCGAGCUCUACAUUCGCCCUCGCUCCGUGGCCGAGGUCCAGAAGGCCGUCAACCUUGCCCGCGUCUGCCGACGCCGCAUCACCACCACCGGCGCCGGCCACUCCCCCUCCGACAUCACCUGCACCUCGUCGUGGCUCGUCAACCUCGACGAUCUUCGCGCCAUCCUCGGUCACGACGAGAAGACGGGCGUCGUUCACUUCCAGGCCGGCAUCCGCCUCUGGCAGCUCGGCGAGGAGCUGGACCGCAUGGGCCUCGCCAUGCCCAACCUGGGCUCCAUCAACGAGCAGUCCGCCGCCGGCGUCAUCUCCACCGGCACCCACGGCUCUUCCCUGCACCAUGCCCUCAUCUCCCAGUCCAUCGUCGAGCUUGCCAUCGUCACCGCCGACGGUCGCCUGCGUACCUGCUCGCGCGACCGCGACAAUGACCUCUUCCGCGCCGCCCUGCUCUCGCUUGGCGCCCUCGGCAUCAUCGUUGAGAUCAAGUUUCAGACGGUCCCUGCCUAUUCGCUGCGGUGGCACCAGACGAUCGACUCGGACGCAGUUAUCCUGCGCGACUGGGACACCACUCUCUGGGACCGCGGCCAUUUUGUCCGCGUCUGGUGGUUCCCGCACACGCGCCGCUCCGUCGUCUGGGCCGCCAACAUCACGGACGAGGCCCACUACGAUCAGCCUGCCUCGUGGUACGACGGCGUCCUCGGCUACUACGUCUACCACAACCUGCUGUGGCUGGCGCAGUACGUCCCCUCCAUCCUGCCCGCCGUCGAGCGCUUCGUCUUCGGCAUGCAGUAUGGCUUCGCCGACGGCACCACCACCUCGGCCGUCCAGCCCCAGCGCAAGGCCCUGCUCAUGAACUGCCUCUACAGCCAGUACGUUAACGAGUGGGCCAUUCCCCUGCAUAAGGGCCCCGAGGCCCUGCGCCGGCUGUCGUGCUGGCUGAACCACCUGCAGCCGGGCGAUCGCGACUACUGCGAGCACGGUAUCCCCUUCUCCAGCGAGGGCUUGUACGUGCACGCGCCCCUCGAGGUCCGCGUCACCGACACCUCACGCUUCCUGGCCAACACGGACGGCACCGGCCUGGAGCAGAGGCCCUUUCUCGACCCGACCUGCCGCGACGGGCCCACCUUGUAUCUCAACGCCACCCUGUACCGGCCCUACGACCUUGAGCCGCCGUGCCUGGACCGGUACUAUCAGGCCUUCGAGUGGCUGAUGCGCGACCUGGACGGCCGGCCGCACUGGGCCAAGAACUUUGCUACCGUGACCACAGCUGACGUCGAGGGUUGGUACGGCGCCGACCUGGACGCCUGGAGGGCUGUGCGAGACAUGGCAGACCCGAGAGGUAUGUUUGCGGGGAGCUGGCACCGGCGGACGGUGCUCGGCGGCGCAGCAGCGUUGCCGCUCGAGGAGAGGGAGGAAGGGAGGAUGCUGAGGAGGGGACGAGGCUGGUUCUGGAGUGGGAGGAAGGAGAUUACAUCAUGA